ACAGAGGAUCCCUACAGCUGCAUCAGCUGCAAGCUCACAGAAUGGUCUGCAGAGGGAAGUACGUCCUGCAACCAGCGUCUGGUGGAGUUCAUACCGUUUACAGACAGCGGGGCCAUACUGACCAUGCUGGGGGCCGGGGCCUUGGUGGGCCUCACUCUAGCUGUAUCUGUUCUCUUUGCUGUUAACUACAACACGCCUGUUGUCAGAUCUGCUGGGGGGCCGAUGUGUUUCCUGAUUCUAGGCUGCCUCAGUCUGUGCAGCAUCAGUGUUUUCUUUUACUUUGGCCAGCCAUCAGUUCCUUCUUGUGUCUUGAGGUUUCUACCAUUUUUCUUGUUCUACACCGUUUGUCUGGCGUGUUUUGUGGUGCGCUCCUUUCAGAUUGUUUGCAUCUUCAAAAUAGCCGCCAAGUUCCCCAAACUCCACAGCUGGUGGAUGAAGUAUCACGGACAGUGGCUGGUCAUCAUUGUAGCGUUUACAGCUCAAGCCCUCUUGCUUAUUAUUGGCCAUUCUUCUGCCCCUCCAAAGCCUUACAAUGAGACAGUGUGGUACCCCCAAGAAAUCAUACUCAGCUGUGACUUUGAUCUUAUCGCAACAUCUGGUUCUGUGAUUUUACUGUCAUCUUUGUGCUCCCUUUGCUUUAUUUUCUCCUACAUGGGAAAAGAUCUCCCAAAAAACUACAACGAGGCCAAAGCAAUCACCUUCUGCCUCCUGCUGCUGAUCCUCACAUGGAUCGUCUUUGCCACUGAGUACAUGCUUUAUCGUGGUAAAUACAUCCAGAUAUUUAACGCCCUGGCUGUGCUCUCCAGUCUCUACUCCUUUCUGCUGUGGUAUUUCCUCCCAAAAUGUUACAUCAUUAUUUUUCAGCCACAUAAAAAUACGCAGCAGUACUUCCAAGGUCUCAUUCAGAGCUACACCAAAACUAUCAGCCAGUAG